AGCACUCUCAACCUGCCUAGUCCACUCAUCAAACAUCUCUCAUCCAUCCAUCAACGCCAUUCUGCAAAACAUUGCAAUACCAACUGAAAGGCUUAUAUUGAUCUUUAAGUGCAACAAUUUCUGCCUGCUGGCCCUUGUUUGCUUUCUCCUAAAACAUCAACAUUUGCUCAACUUUACUGUUCAGCAUUUUAUUUCGCCAAGAUGAACGCCCCCGACCGCUUCGAGCUCUUCCUCCUCGGUGAUGGCGAGAAGAAGAUUGAGGAGAAGGUCUUCUCUGGCAUGUCCAACACUUCCGACUUCAUCAUCAAGAAGGAGGACCAUACGCUCGGCAACCUCCUGUCCGAGCACCUGAAGGCGCACAAGAACGUCCUCAUGGCCGGCUACAAGAUCGCUCAUCCUAAUGUUCCCGAGAUGUUCAUCCGCGUCCAGACGGAUGGCUCGAUCACCGCCAAGGAGGCCCUCGUCCAGGUCAUCAAGAAGCUGAUGCAGGACCUGUCCCACCUGAGCCGCGAGUUCACUCGCGAGUUCGAGCUUCGCCGCAUGGUCGAGGCAGGCCGCUCCAAUCAGCAGGGUUAAUGAAUCGGGGCGCGUUGUCGGGCUUUGGCUUAGUUUACGACUCGCUGUAUAUUCUUUCUUUCUUGGCGUUUGAGGCGGACAUGGAAGUCACUGAGAAAUAAUGGUCUGAUACCAAAAGUUGGUACGGGGGGGGAAUCGUCACACUUGGUUUUCGCGUUCCUUAAUUCCUUCCCUUGGCCCUUUGGGCGACGGAAAAGGUUCCUAAUUGAGAAGAGGCUGAUCAUUGC